GCCUCAGUGAUUGGUGGAAGCAGUUGUCAUUCGCGUUGUAGGUAAUGUACAGUGUGAUUGUGCCCCGACUCAACUUGAUUUACAUGCACCACGUCCACACUCCACGCUGACCGCGAGAGAAGCGGGAGACGAGGGCGUCUGUUGUGAUAGGAAUCCACAGUCAAAGUUUACUGUGAAUCCUGAUUUACUUUCACGGAAGAGGAGCACGUGCCACUUUCUCACCACUUCAAUUUCUUCUUUUCAAAGGUGUAUACCUCCCACCCCGCCCCACCACGGCCCUCACCUGUGUGUUGCGGUGCUUCCCUUGUGAGCCGACCUGGGCCGGCAGCCCCUUCUUGCACCGCCCACCGACCCGGCCCAUGGUCACCAUGACACGCUCCAAAACUUUCCAGGCGUACCUGCCCAGCUGCCACCGUACCUACAGCUGCAUCCACUGCAGAGCACACCUCGCCAACCACGACGAGCUCAUCUCCAAGUCAUUUCAAGGAAGUCAGGGCAGAGCAUAUCUGUUCAACUCUGUGGUGAACGUGGGAUGUGGUCCUGCAGAGGAGAGGGUUCUGCUCACCGGCCUUCACGCUGUGGCAGACAUCUACUGUGAAAACUGCAAAACCACACUGGGGUGGAAAUAUGAACAUGCCUUUGAGAGCAGUCAGAAGUACAAGGAAGGCAAGUUCAUUAUCGAGCUCGCCCACAUGAUCAAGGACAACGGCUGGGACUGAGCGAGCGUCCUGGAGAGAGCAACGGGUGGAUGGUGAAUGUGUGGGUGAAUGACUGACUUUGGUUUGCCAUUACCCUCUUAAACCCUCUUCUACCCUCCAUCUUCUGCUGACACACAGACACCCCUCAACAGACCAGAAUCUGGAGAGCAGGCCACCCCAGGGGGCUUUGUGUGUCUUGAGGAGAGCGCGCAUGUGUGUGUGUGUGUGUGUGUGUGUGUGUUUGUGUGUCGGGCCCGGCACAUGGAAGCACACUGAGAUACAUGAAUGCAUACACAAGGUGUACAGACAAACGUGUGUAAAAGCAACAGCAUUCCGCAUGUCACACUCAUCUCAGCCUGAUGGUUUAUACUACAAGUGGCUCUAUUCAUACGCGCAUAUGACAUAAGGCAGGGCUCGGGAGGCGCGUUGUGCUUGGCAGGAUCAGGGUCACGAGUUCGCCGAGCUGAUGGGGCUUUCUCCACUUUGAGUCAGUGAGAAACUACCAGGCUGACCUUUCUGAAUUCAGCUGAGGUCUGCACCAUCUGCGCCAGUGAGGACUGGCAUGAAGAAAUCUCUGAAUGGAGCUCCGACAGAGCAACAAACAGGGCUUAAAGGAAUAGUUCACACAGAAAUGAAGAUUCAUUUCUUUGCAAGAAUUUUUUUUUAUCAGAACAGAUUUGG